AGGAUGUGAAGAAAGUUGCGAUGAUGGGCGUCUGACGCCUCCUUCCUUGUCUUCAAAUCAGAAACAAAUCGUGAGCAUGCGCAACUAGUGAAACACAUACAACGGCGUUUUGCCAGUGAAACACCGACAUAUCUGUCUCGCCGCAUGCUGUAGAUAGUGUCAGAUGUUUUCGUAUAAGAGCCAGAGGAAUACAUGGAACACAAUCCAAAACUGUUGUUUUAUUGCAUAGUGUAACUUGACUUUCUAUUCAGAAUGUCGAACUUCACGUAAGAAUUGGCGGUUUUAAUAGGCCAGCUGUUCUGUACCGCAGGAAUACGAUUUCCGGGAUGAUUCACCCAGUCGGAGACAGAGAUAAAACAGAAAACAUUGUUCUAGAGAGAUCCGAGUAUUGAAAAGACACGAUAGAGUGGAAUAAUUCAUGAAAAAGCUGCUGGACUCCUCCAUUGUUGCGUGAUUGUAAGAUAGCAAAAAUUUGUUCUGUAAGAGAUUCAGUUCGGGGUGAAAAUUAUCUGUGAAAUGAAGGAGAAAAUUAUGGCAAAAAAAAAGGGAAAAUAGCAGUUUUUUUGUUGUUGUUUUUUUAAAUAGAAGUAACACGCAGAGUAGGAAAUUGGAAGAUAUAUAGCCACUGAGGAACUGGAUGGAGCUUUCGGUGUUUGAUCUUACGUUUGUUGGACUUUCUUUAUGUUGCACAGCAUGCAGGACACUGUGCGGCGCUCGUGGGCGCUGGUUCUUUACAUAACAUUAGGUGUUUGUGUUGUUUACUCUGGAGCAAAAAAGUGCCCUGUAGUAUGUAGUUGCAUUUGGAAACACGGAAAAGAAACAGCGGAAUGUCCUCACGCUGGUUUGAAGAGUGUACCUGGAGGAAUCAGUAGCAGUACACAGGUUUUGAACCUUAAUGAAAAUACAAUUUGGAGACUCCCGACGAAAUGUUUUCAGCGUGUGGGUUUAGUAAACCUACAGAAGAUUUACCUUUCUAAGUGUCAGUUACGAGAUAUUCACAGUCACGCUUUCAAACAUCUGUUUAAUCUGGUUGAGUUGGAUUUAAGUCACAACUUUCUGGACACAGUUCCAUCCGCUGCUAUGUCCGAAAGUCGACUCUUGCGUAAAGUAGAUCUUAGUAGCAACUUAAUUUCGAAAAUUGCGGAAGAAACGUUCUUAAAUUUAACACACUUGACAUUCUUGAAUCUCAGUAAGUGUAAAAUAAAAGUCAUUGAAUCUAGAGCCUUCCAGUGGUUAGUGAAAUUAGAAAGCCUUCACUUGCAAUACAACAACCUGUAUAAUCUUCCUCAAGACUUCAGCCAUACGUUGGCACCUCUACAUAGUUUAGAGCUGCAUCAUAAUCCUUGGUUGUGUGACUGCGAGCUUAGGGGUUUAAGACUGUGGAUGAUCAACCAGAAGAUUCCCACUGCUGUUUCUCCUAGAUGUAAUGCCCCACCACACCUGAAGGGUUUUUCUUGGAAUACCUUGGAGCUGGAGGAUUUUGCUUGCCUUCCUGUCUUCACGUCUGGUGAAGCUACUGUUUUCGCAACUCAAGGUACAAAUGCUACGCUAUAUUGUCAGGUGUUUUCAAUUCCUAAAUCGCAGUUGUUUUGGACUUCAAGCAGAUUUUAUGAAUUCGACGCAGAAACAGAAAAAUAUUACACUAUAAAAAAUGAGAAUAAGGGUCAAAGUGUUUCCAGCACCCUAACUUUUAAUAAUGUUAAGGUAAAUUCCAGCGGUAGCUAUUUCUGCAAUGCUGAAAAUAAAGCUGGAAAUAUUUCAAUCAAUAUAACGUUAGUAGUUAAACCACUAGAGCCUAGUUCGCUAAUUGUACUAAGUGGCUCGGAACUUAUCGGAAUUGUGAUAGGAGCGUUAUUAGUUGGAACAAUUCUGUUUAUUUUAAUAUGCUUUGCAUUACUACAUCGGAGACAGAAAAGAACUAAUAAAAGAAGAGCAGGAGCCAGUGCUAUGCGUAAAAAAUACAGUUUGAAAGUUAGUAUAAGAGGUCAGGAGCAAACACCAUUUCAAAAUAUCGCUCCUCAGGAAGGUCUUUCUGACAGCACGAAUUGUAUUUCAGAUGGAACUAUUUCUAAGAAACCAGAGCUUGUUAAUGAGACAGAUCAAAAUCGAGACUCCGAGAAAUCUUUAUCUAAAAGCUGUGUGAACGUGUACGAUAAUCCUCUACCUUCGUACACUAACGCUUUAAACUCCCCUCAGAAAUACACUACACUUGAUAAUUUUCAUAAGCGCAGUGGCCACUGUCGAAGGUGCUCGCUGGCUUCUAAAUCUAAGCAUUACAACUGUUCCCGCACUUGGCAGAAACGAAACCAGCAACGGUUUCUAUCAGAACAAGAACUUUACUUUGAUGAAGAAGACUCUUCAGCGCUGUACGGGUACAAUGUACGGGGAGACGAAGAGGACUCUUCAGCACUGUACAGGUACUAUGUACGGAGAAAUUCUCUUGACGAAGAAUGUGCGUUCGGUUACCCAACCUACGAAAGUGAACGCCAGAUCUCUAGGUGUGUUCAGUUUAACAUACCCCAGUACGGUAAUUACUCCAGAAACAGAGGUUCGCCUGACGAAGGUCUUGGAGAUGAAAGAGAAGUGGAGACAGAUAUUCUAGACUGAUUCUAUUUAAAUAGCAGUAACAAAGUCAGCCUACCUACUAAAUACUUUACUGAAGAAAUCUGAUUUCAAGUCAUAAGCGUGUAUUGAGGAGUAUCCUGAAGCCUAUAAUUCUUUGUUUAAAACCAGACUUUAGGUUAAACAACAGUUUAAAUAAGUCAGAAUUACAGCAUAAGCAGUGUGUACAAACUAAAUGAAAUAUACAGACAGUCAUUUAAUCUUUUAAAUCUUAAUACUUGAGAGAUAUCAUUAUCACUGAAUAUCACUAACUAUUUAUAUUAUACAUAGUAAGUGAAGAGUUUCAUUAACAGAUUAAUAAUAAUAAUAAUAAUAUCGAUAUAUUUAGUUUACUGUUGUUGUUUUUAUAUAUUCAAGUUUACAACUUAGCUAAUCAAAUGAUAGUGUGUACUCUGAAACGUUAUUCUAUGAUUGAUUUAAGUCGAUAACCGACCAACUGUAUACACCAACGUGUAUUAACACGUUAAUAUAGUGUUGUUAGAAUAACCAUAUAAUUGGUUCUUUUGAAAGACCUACUAACCAACGUAUAUCGAUGUGUCAGCAUGGUAAACAUUACUAGUCGAUGUAUGUAAAAAAAACACACAUGUCAAGCGUCUUUUAUUCGAGGUGUGAAGAAAGAUCAAUUAGUUCUUAUAUGGCCAGUAUUAGAGACUGCUUUCAUAAUAUACAUUGUUGAGAUAACGACAGCAUUAAUUCUACCUCAAACGACAGUAAGUGUUCAAUAAUAAUAAUGAUAAACCCUAUACUACCAAAAUAUGACUUGAUGCUGCUGUUAAUACAUUUUAUACGAUCUAAGAGAUUAUCCUGGAUAAUUAAGAGGUUGGAUUUGUCCGACUCGUUAUCACCUAUCGUAAACAGGAGCCCGAUAAGGAACCAAUUAUUUAAAUGUUGCAUGAAGUGCUAUUACUUAAUGAUGUUUUAUAUUACUCUAUCAAAGCAUCUAAUUAGAUUCAAUGAAGUAACGAAAAAAACUCUACAAUUCUACAACUAUAUUACGAAUCCUUCUAUAAAGUUGCUUCAUAAAUCGGUGAUACUAGAAACAGUACUUAGAAAGAAGACCGUUAGAUAUAAGCAAAAACAUAAGCGUAGAAAGCAUAUGAUAGGCAUAUUUUUUUAGGACUCUUGUCAGUGUGACGUGCAAACUAGAACUGUUUGUACUCCUGUUUGGAGUUUGGUUUGGUUUGUUAUGGAUUUAACGCAAAGCUACACGAGGGCUAUCUGCGCUAGCCGUCCCUAAUUUAGC